AUGCAACCGAAAGUUAAACUUACCCCACGUAAGAUCGGUAUUCAGGGACCUUCAAUCCGCAAAAGAGAGUCCACAAAGCGACCAGAGUUUACUGAAGACGAGAAAGCUGAACUGAAACGUCUCAGCACGAUGCUGCCGCCUCGAGCCGCUAAAGAGCAGGACCCCGCGCAACUCGUUCUCAAUGCCGCCAACUAUAUCCAACAGCUGGUGGCCACCGUCCGAGCUCGUGUCCAUAACGGCACUCUUCCCAUCGAGGCUCUCGCGGUCCUACCAGCCGGCUCUGCAGUUCCUUCGUCUCGAGUGAGCAGGAAGAAGAGACGAUCCAUUGAAAAGCAACGAUAA